CAGUGUAGUUGGUACUUGGCCGAUGGCGAAGCAUUUCAACAAGUGAUUUCACGUCAGACUGUCGCCUGGCGUGUUUUCUAGAGCUCAGCUAUUUCCCUUUGUGCGUGACGCUUUUUCUCGUGUUUGUCUUUCCCUGAGCAAAGUUUCCUCCGAGCUCUAACAUUUGCCUCACGGCGUAUUCUUGUUUGACUCCAGGAAGGUGCCUAGCCCCCCUCCCGUUACCAGAUCACCAACUCGUAGCGAGCUGGAGUUGGAAACGUUUUCUCCUUGCGACCUUCCACUUCUUGUAAUUUCGCUAAAAGUUUAAAGAAUGUGAACUAUUCCAGGGGUGGAAUUCUGAAAUAGGGGCACCGCAAGAUAAAAGCGAUAAGCUGGCAGCAAAAGCAAGUGUCUUAAAUUUUUCCAAGUGCAAGGAGGGUUUAUGAACGGAUCUGCGGUGUCUGUAGAUCGAGUCGCCAAACCAUCUCGGCUUCUUCUGUCUUAGCGACAGCAGGCAUUAUGUAAAGACCGAAGAGAAAGUCUGCGUGAGUACUCCAGUCUGACAGCUUAAGCACGCGAAGCGCUCGAGGGAAGAGGGCUGUAGUUGUUUGCAGAAACUGCGUCUCCCUGCAUGCGGGAUCUGUUGAUGAGACCUGCGACGAGCUCAGAUCUCGGGACAGUGUUCCCGAUGCGACUGCUCGUGUUUUUACUCGUGUGGCUACCAGGUGGCCCGAUCCGCGGAACCGAAGCCCAAGUGGUCUCCGCCAAAGUCUUGCGUUCUUCAAAUGUGCGGCGCACUGACUUGUUCUGCAAAGAGGAGGUUGUCAUGGUUACAAGUGGCGGGCAGAUUCACAGCCCCCGCUACCCAAAUGCGUACCCCAGAAACCUCCUGCUGUCAUGGAAACUGGUGUCCCCCCCACACACACGCUUCCUGCUGGAGUUUGAUGGACAGUUCGGGUUGGAGGAACCUGAAAACAACGUCUGUAGAUAUGACUUUGUGGAGGUGGAGGACAUAUUAGAGAGCAGCACUAUAAUCUGGGGUCGCUGGUGUGGAAAGAAGGUGCCGAGUCCUAUCACCUCCAAAUCCAACCGCAUGAAGAUCACCUUCAAAUCAGACGACUUCUUCGUGGCCAAGCCGGGCUUCAAGCUCUGCUACACGCUGUUGAGUGAUGCUUCUCCGGUACCUAAUACUAACCGGGAAACAGUCACAGUCAUAUCGGAUCAGGCCGAUAGAGCUGUGACGGACGCGCCGCUCUCUGCGGAGGCGUUGGAUGAUGUCAUCGCGGGCUUCAGCACCGUCGAGGAGGUUCUCAGGCACCUGAACCCCCUCACCUGGCAACAGGACUUGAACAGCAUCUACACACACACACACUACUAUCUACCGCGCAGUUACCACCUGGCCCGCAAAAAUAAGCUUGAUUUGGAUCGCCUCUUUGAGGAUGUGAAGAAGUACAGCUGCACUCCGCGUAACUUCUCCGUAAACCUGCGCGAGGAGCUGAAGAUCACCAAUGCCGUGUUUUUCCCACGAUGCCUCCUGGUAAAUCGAUGUGGCGGGAACUGUGGAUGUGGCACAGACAACUGGCACUCCUGCUCCUGCAGCCCUGCCAAAACCGUCAACAAAAUCCACGAGGUGCUGAAGUUUUCUCCGGGGGCUAAUUUCUACCGAAAGAAGACGCGUGCUGGCUGGGUUCUGGAGGAAAUUCACCUGCAGCAUCACGAACGAUGCGAGUGUGUGUGUAACUCGCGGCCACCGCGAUGAGAGGCUCACACGUGCACACACACACACACACACACACACACACACACACACACACACACAGAGGACUGUUCUACUGGCUCCCUCUCGGUUCUGUUUUAUGCAUGCACCCACACACCCCUCACUGUUUUGAGCAGGCUUGUCUGUUUCUUUGACUGUGGAUAGUUGUGUCAGCAUCCCUGUACACCCAGCAGUUAACAGGCAGGUAUUGCAGUAAUCUUUGUGUGUUAAAGGUGAAAGGCCUGAUCAGCUCCAUGUGCUAUUAUUUAUUCUGCAUUUUAUAUGAACGCUGUAGUGUGCCGGAGUUCCUCCUGCAGCCAAAAAUGGGACCAAGACAUACUGAAAUUUUUUUUUUCUUUUUUCUGCCAGCCUUUACACACUCUCACACAUACACACACACACACACUUCGGUUCUCUUCACGACUCUGGCACGUAAAAGCGAGAAUCACAGGAGUGUGUUUCAGGCGCCAACAAAAGCAUUGCAUUCCCCUCAUACCACGCCUCCUCUCACUCCCUCACAGCGCUAGCAGACACGGCGGCAUGCAUAUUUAUUUAGCCGAGUGGCAUACGGCGUCAUGCUCUUUUCUGGCCUUCCUGGCUAUGCAUUACCUGUACGGUAACAGCUAAUGUCCAAACUUGUGUGUGUGUGUGUGUGUGUGUGUGCAUCAGCCUGCAGCUCCCAAGUGUCUCCUGCUCCUCCUGCAUUUUUAUUGUCCUGACCACGAAGCUGCACUUGUCUUCUCUCUCUGCACUGCACCUCAGU